AUGUCAUUAUGUCACGUCGCCGGUCCACUGGUUCUCCAGUCCAGCAAGAGAGCUCACGUUGUCGUCGUCGGUGAAGGAGUGAUGGACAAGUUUCUUAGCCCAACUUCCACCCAACUAGGUGAAGUGCAUGAUGUCGUAGACACUACCCCAAAACCCACUCUAAACACUACUCAUAUUGAUCUUAAGUCACCCAAAAAAGAAGUCGAUGGUGAACCACCCACAACUAGGAAAAAGCCUACUAGGAACUCUACAGUUUGGGAUCACUUUACAAAAGUGAAGGAUGGGAAUCCAAACGAUCCUAGUUGCACUUGUAACUAUUGUGGGAAAGACUAUGCUUGUGAUAGUAGGAGAGUUGGAACAAGUAGUUUGUGGGUACAUUUGAACAAUCAAUGUAAGAAGUAUCCUUAUAGGGUGGCUGAUAAAAAACAAAAAUUGCUUAGCUUUCAAAGUGGUAAUGAUGGUGGGGGAAAUUUGUUGGCUGUGACCUUUAAUAAGGAGAGAUGUCGGAAAGCCUUAGCUAAGUUUGUGAUCAAGGAUGAGCAAGCCUUUAGUGUUGUAGAGGGUGAAGGCUUGAAAGAGUUUGUUCAGGAUUUGCAACCAAAAUUUGUUAUCCCUAGUAGAAGGACUGUGACUAGGGAUAUAUAUCAAUAUUUUUGUGAUGAGAGGGUUAAAUUAAAGGAAGAGUUAACUAGAGCUGGGCAAAGGGUAUGCUUAACCACUGAUUAUUGGACCUCUUCCACCCAAAUAGCUUAUAUGUGUCUCACUGCACAUUAUGUUGACAGUGAUUGGAAUUUGCAAAAAAGAAUUAUAAAUUUUUGUCAAAUUUCCAAUCACAAAGGAGAGACAAUCGGAAAGGGGAUUGAGACUUGUUUGCUGGGAUGGGGAAUAGAAAAGGUUUUUGCUGUGACUGUUGAUAAUGCAUCAGCUAAUGAUGUGGCUGUUGGUUUCGUCAAGAGGAGGGUGAAUGCAUGGAAUGGAUAUGUUCUUGACGGAGAGUUCAUGCAGGUAAGGUGUGGUGUGCACAUAGUCAAUCUAAUUGGGAAUGAGGGGUUGAAAGACAUGCAUGAUUCAAUCGCUGCCAUUCGCAAUUGUGUAAGAUACAUUCGGUCAUCUCCUGCAAGGUUGCUAAAAUUCAAGGCUUGUGUGGAUAGGGAAAGAAUUGAUUACAAGGGGGGAUUGGUUUUAGAUGUGCCUACAAGGUGGAACUCCACUUUCAUGAUGUUAGAUGUGGCACUUAAAUUUGAAAAAGCUUUUGCAAGAUAUGAGGAGGAAGAUGACAAAUUUGUGAGUUUCUUCAUGGAAAAUGAACAUGGGAAGAAGAGGGUUGGGCCGCCAACUUCUAGUGAUUGGGAGAGUGCUACUAUAUUUGUCAAAUUUCUCUCAACUUUUUAUGAAGUUACUUUAAAGUUUAGUGGCACAUUGCAUGUAACAUCCAACAAUUUCUAUCAUGAGAUUUGUGAGAUUCAUACACAAUUGAGUGACUUGGCUAGUAGUAGUGAUCCUUUGUUAUCCACCAUGGCUGCUAGUAUGAAAAGGAAAUAUGACAAAUAUUGGGGCAGUGCAGAGAACAUCAAUCCCAUGUUGUUUUUGGCUGUUGUGCUUAAUCCAAGAUACAAGUUGAAGUAUUUGAAGUAUUGUUUUGAGACUGUUUAUGAUGCUGAAACUGUUGCCAAGAUUGUUGUCAAGGUGGAACAAAUCCUUCAACGACUGUACAAUUCUUAUAAUGUUCAGGGUGAGAGCGAUGGUGACAAGGUAAGUAAAAGUGACUCACCACCAAAGGGUGGUGUCAAAGAAACUAUUAGGAGGAGAUUAUUGGAAAAUUAUUUGCAACAACAACAGAUGUUUGUGACUAACAAAAUGAAUGAUGUUGAUAAAUGUUCUUGCUAUACCUGUGUCUACUCUGGCUUCUGA